AUGCUACGCUCCAAUACCCUAUGUGUUCCAGACGAUCAAUGUGUCACAGAGGAUACCACCACUAAGAAUGAUAUAUUCACUGGCAAUGAACUAUUUAAAACAAGUUUCAAUGUAUACUCCGAAGAUACGCUAGUGACAAGCAGGCUAGAUACAUCGCCAUGCGAUGAAUUUAGCAAUUACUUUCCAAUAUACAACGAAGUGCAUCUCACUAGUAAUGGCACAACUGAUGAAUGUCAAUUUUUAUCGCAUCCUUUUAGGGCAUUUGUAUUGGCUAUUACCAGCGAUGAUUUGGUUAAGAAAAGUGAGGACUUGGGAAUAGACCAAUCUAUUGAUACUAGAUAUUCUAGAUCCGGAUUUUUUGCAGAUUGUUACAGGGCAGAUUCCAUGCAUAUUGGCGGUGGUUUCCUUGAUUUUUCGUUGCGAUUUCCACUGAUAUUUUGCAUGAUACGCACAAACAGUUUGGUGCGGUAUGGCGAGACCCAGAGAGGUAUUGUACCGCUUGCAGUAAAUAUAUUUGAUAGAUAUUUAAAACUAGUGGCCCUAAAUGGGCUAAAAAAUAAGCUAAAUCAGACGUUGGGGCUAAAUUUGCCAUUGGAAAUUAUUCUAAACUUAUUGGGAUGUGGAUGCUAUUGCAUUGCUGACAAGUAUGAUGGAUGUGAGAUGGUCAACAUAGAAGUACUCUUGGAUCAUUGGAUUGUAGUAAACAAGGAAUUACUUAUCACCCGUGCUGUGGGUGAAUAUAUUGAAAAUGACAAAUCGCAAAUAAUCAAAAUUCUUAGGUCAAUUAUGUUUGAUAUCUACAAGCAACUUGAGUAUAAGCUAACAAUUCCACUAAUACCUUUCUUGGCGCAAAAUUUAAUAAACAGCGCAAUUGAAAUACCCAAAAAUUAUGAUCCAUUUAAGAAAACCAAGUACCAAAAGGAAGCUUAUAUAUACAGUAGAAUUGCGUUGCUCGAUGAUUCAAUACUUAAAUACCGCCCAAGUAUAAUAUCCCUUGCAAUAUACGAAUUGGUGCGUGACUCAGCUAAAUAUGAUGGCACUCUGAUAUAUGGUGUGAAAAAUUGGAUGGCAGUGGAUCGUGAGGAUCGUGAAAUCAAGGAAUGUAUGGGCCAACUGGUGAAUAGUUUGCGUUUGUUCGUGGAUACAGAGCUUUUAGAGCGUUCGCUUAAGCCAAUGGAUCUGUCUGUUACCAGGAAGGCCCUGUUGUUGGCCAUGUUUGAAGUAGAUUCGAGUGAGUUUCACCUACUAUCGGCCCAUACGGAUUAA